AUGGCGAGCAAAAAGUUCACGUCUAACCUGCUCGUCUCAAUGCCUUAUCGGUACGGUGCUAUACCUAAUCAUGACGGAACGUUGGCCUUAUAUGAAAAGAUAUCCUCUAGUAAAGAUCGCCGAGGCCCCAUCUACCAGCUUCGAAUAAUGAACAUCGCAACUGGAGGCUCAUAUCCGCUUCGAAAUAAUUUCAUGGAAGUUGGAGCGACCUGGCUUGGAGAUGGGACCAACAGGAUUGCCUACUACGAUAGCACCUACGAUUAUAUGACAAUUCAAAACGUCGACUGUCAGACUGAAUAUAAUUCAUGCCGUAUCGGCGGAUCCGUAAAAAGUUUCCGAUUAAAGCCUCUCGAAGACGGUUCGAUCGCCAUAGUUAUGCUUGGUUUCACGGACGCAGAAGGCCGUUUUUGUUACCCUCGCGAUGUUAAGCCUGAACAUGACGGAAUGGUCUUUGACAGCUAUCGAGUACAAGAGAUAAGUAGAUACACCGACAAGAAAUAUUCAAUAUUCUACUCGACCUUGUCUAGGAGCGGACCUGACGGUUGGGAAAUCAAGCAGCCUCUACAUAACAUUCUUGCCGGCACGAAACUAGAACCUUUCAAUAACCUCGAUCUGGACAUAUCUCAAGGAGGGAUCACGUUCGCUGCUAAAGAUUUAGAUGAGAAAGAUACUUCCCUGAUAUAUUGUUCUUCCAAUAUUUAUUACAUUCAAGUAGAUUCGUUUACCACAGCCACCGUCCAUAAACCCGAAAAAUUAGGCGGACAAGACAAGGAGCCUCAUGGGUACAACUGGAAUCAUAGCCCGAAAUUCAGCCCGGAUGGAUCCCAGAUUGCAUUCUAUCGCUCUCCAAAUCGGAUUUGUAUCAAUCGGCUUGGGUCACCAAAUGUGACCGAUGUUUUUGGUACUGCGACCGAUAAAGGAUGUUCGCUAAUACCAAUGGGGUUUGAAUUCGCCCGGGAUGGCCGCAGUUUAUACAUGACCGCCGAAGAUCUCGGUAGAGUUGGUCUUUAUAAACUCGAUCUGCAGCCAGGCGCAUAUCCAAAGACACUUUUGCGCGAUGGGUCCGUAGCAGCAUUUUUCCCAUUUGUCGAAAACAACGAAGAAAAGCUCUUGGUCAGCAGUUCCAGUUUUGUGGACAACUCGAUCUAUCGCAUUGUCAACACCGACGGAGAUCCUACCCCCACAUUAAUUUCGUCUGUUACGGAACAUGGCGCGAAAAUCGGCCUCUCAUCGAAGCAAAUCUCGGAGAUAUACUUCGAAGGCGGCGGUGAUUAUCUUGUUCACGCUUGGAUGAUGAAGCCAAGCCAUUUCGACGAAAGCCGACAAUAUCCUUUGGCUAUCCUGGUACAUGGCGGCCCAAGAAGUGCGUGGAACGAUGCUUGGAAUUGGGAGGCAAACCCUCUUCUCUGGGCCGAGAAAGGUUAUAUCGUUGUAGCUCCCAAUAUCACAGGCAGCACUGGCUAUGGUUUGGAAUUUCAAGAAGCGAUACGAGACAACUGGGGCGGCCGACCGUACGACGAUUUAGUGAAAUGCAUGGAUUACCUAGAGACAGUUCCCAACAUUGACAUAAAUAACGCUGUUAUUUGGGGUGGUAGUUAUGGUGGGUACCUGGUGAACUGGAUCCAAGGCCAUCCACUUGGGCGACGCUUUAAAGCAAUGAUUUCUCGCUCCGGUGUCUUUGACCUGCCAACAUACUUGCUGCAGCGCGAUAUCCUUUUUAAUACAUUCGACUUCGAUGGUUCGCCCUUAUUGUGGGAGAACGCUGAGGGUCUCGAGCGGUAUAACCCAGCACGCCCAGAUCUCCUUCGUAAAUGGAAGACACCCAUGCUUGUUGUCCACGGCACUCACGACUAUCGAUGCCCGUUGUCAGAGGCAUUAUGCGCCUUCCAUACUCUCCAAGCAUUAGGGACACCGUCUAGGCUCCUCCUAUUUCGAGGCGAAGGUCACGGUAGUGUUGGUGGACCGGCGAAUAAACUCGAAUAUCAACGGCAGGUCUUUGCCUGGGUUAAUAAGUACACAGGUAAUGCGGACGAGGCUGAUGUAGUAGAUGAUUCUAAUACAUUUGAGGAUCCUGAUAUUGAAGAUUAAUCUAAAAAGGCAUUAUACUUAUCUGAGAUAUCCUCGUUGGUUUAUCAGUCCAGUUAGAUAGAUAGAAAUUGAAGCUAG